AUGGGCAUACUUGAUCAUCUCUGGGAUGAUACCGUCGCUGGUCCUCGGCCGGAGAACGGCCUUGGCAAGCUUCGGAAACAUCAUACUUUCAGUUUCCGACCUAGCUCCGGCAAUGAUCAAUCAGACGGUGGAAGCGUGAGAUCGUACGGUGGAGAUUCACCGGAAGAGGCUCUGAAAGUGACACGUAGCAUCAUGAUAAUCAAACCACCAGGAUACCAAGGCGGUUCAGCUCCGGCUUCGCCGGCCGGUUCGACUCCUCCGGUAUCUCCUUUCUCUGGAGGAAAGGAACCCUUUCGGUUCAGGAGAAGGUCGACUUCGGACGCGUUCGAUAAGGGAGCAGGAUCAGAGGAUGGACCAAGGAGCUCUCCUCCUACUUACGGCGUGUGAUCUCUAAUCUCCUAACCCAAAUUUCAAAAGAGAGAAAGAAGAAGAAACAGAGUAGCCCCCAAAACGCUUUCGUUUUAGACACAUCAAGCGGUCGUUGAAUGCAGAGUUCGUGUGUCUUUCUUUUGUAGGCCAAAGAGGUUCUCUUUUUGUUUAUGCGUUGUAUGAGGUUGUUCGUGUGUUUGUGAUUACGUCUCUGUUUCUUUUUAGUUGUAUGUCAAUGUUUUCGCAUGCUUCUUCUACGUGUCUGUACAUAUUUGCUGCAAUGAUAAUAAAAAUAAGUAGAUGCUUGACA